ACAGCGUACAUUUGCAUCAUUAUUUUUUUUUUAAGUCACAUGUACACGUUUCUAUUAUGAAAACGUUUUGGAGUACCGGGGCAUGCGCAGAUCUAGAGGGGAAAAGGGGGAUGUCAAGACAAGCCUCCUUUCGGAAAUUAAAAUUUACUAAAUUCACACAGUAAAUUAACCGAAAAUAGGCCUAGGACUACCCCCCUUCCCGAAAUAACUUGGUUACCCCCCACCCCUUCCAGAAAAGUUUUCUCGACUUGUAGGGUCUUAUAUUGAGUGAUUACAAAAUUAUUUAGAUAUAAUAUUGAAUGGGUAUACUGUGUAAAGAGUGACGUUCUUGCGGUGGUGACAUAUUUAGUUCAAUUGUUCUUUUAAAAGCUUAUGCUGAUGGUGACCCAGAAAACAACUUCCUCCUCGUAGUAUUUGUAGUUAUUUCAAAGUCAGUUCAUGGAUCAACAUGGCUGCACUCCUCACUUUUUGUUGCAUUUCAAUAUUCUUUGUCGAAGUUCAAACGUAUGACCAACUUGUCGGAAGCUUUACCACAGUCAAAGGUAGCUCAACUCACGGAGCACACUGGGCAUCGUACGCUGUGGACGGCGAUUUCAAUCAGGGUGUUGACCGCUGUUUUCAUAGUGGUGUGAACGAGACGAUUAAGGAGGCGUGGCUACAAAUAGACCUAGGAAGAGUGUUUAGUGUCAGCUCAGUCAAACUCUGGUUCAGGAGUGAUGAAGACUGUAAGUAUGAUGACAUUGUACAUUCAACUAGUUUAUUUGAAAUUGUUAGCAAGAAAUUGAUCUAA